GUCAAGAGCCAUCCUUCAGAUCCGUCCUCUCUAAAAUCAGACAUGAGACGAUUCUCGUGCAUGAUCUCCUCGAUAAACUGGAGUCUGAAAUCCAGCAUCAGGAAAAGCUGAAUAACUUGCUAAAAGAGCUCCAGAAGUCCACUGAGAUAGCCCAGAAGGAAGCACAGCACCUCUCCGAGAACAUUCCUCCCCACCUGCUGAAAGCAGCUCCGAGAUGCACCUCGGAGCCAACGGUGAAAUGUGCUGAACAAGCGAAAGUCGCAGAACCCAAACCUGCAAAGAAACCCACAAAAGAGACGAGAUUUGUUAAAAACGCGCCCUUACUAACCGUAGAAGAAUUUGAAAGUAUUCCUGCGUAUAUGAGAGGUCGGAUAACAUAUGACCAGAUUAACGUCGUCAUUAAAGGCAUAAACCAGGCCGUGGCGAGAAAGUACAAGAUCUUGCAUCAGCCUUUGAAAUCGAUGAGUGCACCCGUCCGAAAUCUCUACGACAGGUUCCUGGAACAAGAAACGAAGGAUACAAAAGGUAUUUAUUUUUUUUUUUUUUUCCCUUUGUUAGUACCAAACUCAUAG